AUGCAAACGACAAUUAUAACAAGAGAAUCAAUUCCACUACUUCAAUCCCUCGCAAAACAAACAUUCUACGCGACUUACACUGAAAAUCUACUCAGUAAUGAAGCUAGAGACCCCAUUUAUAAGUACUUAUAUUCAACAGAAGCCAUACAAAGUGCAAUGGAUAAAGGAUCUCAAUUUACAGUCUACUACGAGAAUGAGAAGGUCAUUGGCUUUACUGGGAUUCGAUAUCAUGAAGGGGAUAAAUCAAUCUAUUUGCACGACUUCUAUUUAAUGCCUGAAUUGAAAGGGAAAGGACUUGGGAGCAUUUUGAUGGGAAAGGUUAAGACUUUUGCGCAUGACAAGAACUGUAAUAAAAUCAUACUUAAUUGUAAUAUUAAUAAUGAAAGAGCUAUCGGAUUUUAUAACAAACACAACUUCAAAAUCGAGAGAUAUCUACAUACCCCAGUCAAUGGAUUCGACUUACUUGAUAUGGAAAUGGAGUGCAACAUCUAA